AUGCGCAGCCCGUUGACUGCUGCCAGUGAUCCGUCAGAACCUACUCGGUUCUGCCAUCUCGCCAGGCUACCGAAAGAAUUGAUCCUCGACGUCGCCUCCCGCCUGCCGAAUAUAGCCGCUAUAUGCCUCGGCCUGACGUCGCGAUUCUUCUACGACACCCUGCAAGGCAACAUCGACACGGCAUUCACCGAUGAUGAGCAGAGGAUAUACUUCCUGCAUCUGCUGGAGGAGGAACACCCCGAGCUGCAGCUCUGCCACAGUUGCAAGAAGGUGUACCCGUGGAAAAGGACAUCGUCGCCGCGCAAAUAUCAGUGCCCCAUGCGACUCACUCACCCUGCAUCGUAUAAGGUACGGAUCUGCAAGGGCAGAGAAAGCUUGGGGAUGACUCGCGAAGUUGUCGAAGCUUUUCUCAGAGGGCACAUACUUGGUCCGCAGUAUGGACCGCACAUUUCAGGGCUUUCGCACGUAUGUGCUGCCGUUACGUGUGCAACGAGCGGGAAGGUUCCAAUGUAUUCCGAAGGACGUAUAAUUGAUGGAAAGCUCUUCAUCCACGCCACAUAUGCGAUGAUUAUGUUCUUGCCGUCGUUUAGACCCCCAGUGGUGGAAUUCGGGCCCUCGGAUGCGUCUCUACCCAAUGAGGUCAUGGCUGUGGUUGCACCAACAAUUGACAAGUUCAGGCGCGUGGGCUGCAGCCACGCAAAUAGCACGCUGCCUGCUGUGAUUAUGGAUGCGGUACGUGGGGUGUCGAGACCGUGGAACGUGCACAGGAAGUGCCAGGACCUAUUAACCUGCGCAAUGUGUGCAACAAAUGUGCGUGUAAGCGUGGCUCAGAAAGGGCCAGAGCAUGUCAAGGUCCAGGUCAAGACGUGGCAUUGCUUCGGAGGUCUAUGUGACGUGCGAAAUCGGACUGAGGGUGGAGAUUGCAUGGAAGAUACAUUGUUCAAUCCUUCGAAUCGCCCGGGCGGUGACUCCUCUUUUGAUUGGAGUACGGUUGAAUUCAAGCAAAGCUCUCGAUUGAGUUGGAAUCUUGAACAUUUUUACAACGAGGGAUCAGCCAGCCAGGAUCCAGAGCCGCAGUACAACGGGCAUAACUGGCUUCAGCGUUGGUCCUGGAAGUGGUGCGCCACUUGCGGAGAGAAUGAACAGCCUUGCUGGUGUGAGCGAGAGCGCGCACGAAUAUUGGAGCUUCUCAUACAGGAAUGA